CGUGAGCUGGCCGGGCUUGCGUAGAUUAUGAUAAACGAAGAUGUAUAAAAGGAUGAUAAAUGUAUUCACAUUUAGUUAGUGAAUCCGUAGCCAUGAGGACGGUCUAUUUACUCUUUGGGAUUUUGUUGGCACACGCCAGUGCGAAUGAGAGAGUUCGUAGAGGAUAUGGAGGAGGUGGAGGAGGCGGCGGCGGUGGCGGAUUUGGUUAUGGAGGAGGUGGCGGCUUUGGAUUUGGCGGUGGAGGCGGGGGAGCCGGAGGUGGCUUUGGAGGAGGCCUUGAUGCCAUCCGCGAAGGAGUAAAUGGGAUUCUUGGCAAAGUAUCCUCUGGAUUCAACCAACUUGGAGGUGGAUUUAGCGCUAGUGGUGGACUAGGAGGUGGUAGUGGCCAUGGAGGGGGACUUGGAGGUGGCGGUGGCCAUGGAGGUGGUCUCGGUGGUGGCCUCGGAGGUGGCCUUGGAGGUAGCGGUGGAGGCGGCCUCGGGGGUGGUAACGAAAAAGUGAUCUACACAAAGUCAGAUGACGGCAAAUCCGGUGGCUUCGCGUUUACUGGUACCACUGGAAAUGGUGGCUACGGAGGCGGCGGUGGUUACAGUGGUGGCGGAAAUGGCGGCGGCUACGGCGGUGGUAGUGGCUUCGGCGGUGGAGCUGGCGGCGGAUUAGGUGGUGGUAAAGGCGGCAGUGGUGGCUUCGGCGGUAGUGGUGGCUUCGGCGGUAGCGGUCUAGGCGGCGGGUCAGGAGGUGGACUUGGCGGAGGUCAUGGCGGUGGUAGCGGUCUCGGUGGAUCCGGAGGAUAUGGAGGCGGUGCAAGUGGCGGACUUGGCGGUGGCUCUGGAGGUGGACUUGGUGGUGGCUCAGGAGGGGGACUCGGUGGUGGUCAUGGAGGAUCGGGUGGACUUGGCGGAAGCAGCGGUGGAUCUGGAGGUCUCAGUUUUGGAGGCUCAAUUGGCCUUGGCGGAGGUUCGGGUGGUGGUCUUGGAGGCGGAGCUGGCGGUGGCAAUGGAGGCGGUCAUAGCGGAUCGGGUGUUCUUGGAGGUGGUAGUGGUGGAUCUGGAGGAUUUGGUGGUGGAUCUGGUCUCGGAGGAGGUUCUGGAGGUGGACUAGGAGGUGGUCAUGGUGGAUCUGGAGGCCUUGGAGGCGGUGGAUCAGGAAGUUACGGAGGUGGAUUGAGCCUAGGCGGUGGUUCUGGAGGCGGUCUUGGUGGUGGAUCUGGAGGCGGACUUGGUGGCUCUGGAGGAUUUGGAGGUGGUAGUGGAGGUCACGGAGGUUCUGGAGGGUUCGGAGGCAACGGCGGUGGUCUUGGCGGCGGCUCGGGAGGCGGUCUCGGUGGAGGGCAUGGUGGAUCUGGAGGGUUCGGAGGCGGUGGUAGUGGUGGAUAUGGUGAAUCCGGUGGUUUUGGAGGUAGCCUUGGCCUGGGUGGUGGUCUUGGCGGUGGACACGGAGGUUCUGGAGGACUAGGAGGUGGUCACGGAGGCUCCAGCGGUGGUUCCGGUGGUUACGGCUCCGGUGGUUCUGGUGGUUGUGGCUCCGGGUCUUGCGGUGGAUGUGGAUCAGGCUCGUGUGGUGGAGGCGGGGGAGCCUUCGCAUCUGCGAAGGCCUCUGCGACAGCGUCUGCUAGUGCCGGCAGCUAUGGCAAGUAAUGUUACUUCAAAAUAAUACAAUAACUACGAGUACGGACUAAUUCAUUUUGUAAUAAUGAACAACUCAUUUUGCAAAAUUGAAUAACUGAGUUCAUUUGCAAGUGAAAUAAUAAUAAUAAUAACUAAACAGCUUCAUAAUGAAUUUUAGAACAAAGAUCAAUCCAAUUUGAGAACAAAUUGUAAAAUUGACCAAAUCAAAUCACUUCUUAACCACUAGCCCGCAAACUUUGAUUGGACAAGAUUGUACCGAAUGCUUUUUGUAAAAAUUGUUAAAACUUUUCCUCUAUAAUGAAUUAAAUUGUAAUAAUAUAAACUUUCAACAAUAGCACUAAAAAAAUGUACGAUGUUAAUUACCCACUAUGACGUCAGGAUUGUUAUUAAAUAUAAAUUGUUAUUGUCUAUUGAUCGAUGUGAAAAAACUUACUGAUUGAGAUUAUAAUUAAGAAAAAACGUUCGAGCCAAGCGAUUACCUGUGAUUGUAAUGUUUAUAUAGAUUAUAGUAUUUUUAUGUUAAUUUAAGUAGUAAAAAGUUAAUAUAAUAAUAUCGCAAAACCUUGA